AUGGGUUUAAAUUUAUUAGAUGAAGAAAAUAUAUUAAAAUUCUUUCCCCAAAUCCAUCGCAAACAUUUCACCAAACCCAUUUUUCAGCUCUGUGAACAAUCUAGCACACAAAAAUGGAGGAAGCAUCUAAAAUCAUUGCACACCAAAUCGGGACGAAGAAGAGAGAGAAUUAACAUAUCAAUUUUUCGUUGUGAAGAAGAAGGGAAGGAUUAUGACUUUGAUUUGUUUAUUAUUGGUGCUGGUAGUGGCGGUGUUCGUGCUACUAGAUUUUCAUCUAAUUUUGGAGCGAAGGUUGGGAUUUGUGAGCUUCCUUUUCAUCCUAUUAGCUCGGAAACAAUUGGAGGAGUCGGUGGCACGUGUGUUAUUCGUGUUUGUGUUCCCAAAAAGAUUUUGGUCUAUGGAGCUACUUAUGGAGGUGACCUUGAGGAUGCUAGAAAUUUUGGAUGGGAAUUGAAUGAGAAUGUUGACUUCAAUUGGAAGAAGCUCUUGCAAAAGAAGGUAUUUCCUGAUCUUAUUUAUUGGUUUGAAUAA